AUGAUCCACGUGCGCCACACCUCCCACCUUUCAGGCAGUGUGGGGGAGGAGUGGAGGAGCGGGGCUGCUAGUGGCAGAAAUCAAGUAGUGCUGGCCAAUGCUGUAUGCGUGAAAAGAGCCUAUCUUGUUGGUGGAGACGUCGUCACAAUUGAUCAGUCGUGGUUCAUGUCUGCACAGGGAAGCAAAGCUGCUUACACCUUUCUUGUCAUGACCGCGGGGGAGUGCUAUCAACAUACAUGUGCGGCAGCUUUUCCCAAGCCCACCGAGCAGGAUUUAGGUGGAGGAGACACCAUUUGUGCCUUCACUCCAUCUGACAGCUCGCAGGAGAUAAGCAACACCAUGGAGGUUAUCCGAGCAGAGACAGCAGUGUCAACCAAAAGCAAAGCCCCAUCCCCACCAGAACUGAAGAAUCUGGAUUCCUUGGAUUUCUCCCAGUGGUAUCCAGGAAACGCUGCCGUCACCAUGGACCACAAGGAGAAGCCUGUUGAUAAAGACCUCUCUUUGGUUGUUGUAUUGCCGGACGGUGUGGAAAAGAUGACCACAGUUCAUGGCAGUAAGCCUGUCAUGGAUCUGUUGGUGACGCUUUGCGGAAGGUAUCGCCUCAACCCGUCAAGUUACACUUUGGAACUCAUCACGGCGGGCCGGCACAACAUCAAGCUCAAGCCCAGCGCUCUCAUCGGCACUCUGGAUGUGGAAAAGAUCUUACUUAAACCUAAAGGGGAUGAUAAAAAUAAGAAGACGGGUCCUCAAAAGCCUGAGGCCACUGUUCGGAUGGUGAUAAACUACAAAAAGACCCAGAAAGCUAUCUUAAGAGUCAAUCCUCAAGUUGCCCUGACUGAACUCCUUCCUGCAAUCUGUGAGAAAUGCGAAUUUGCACUGGAGACAACAAUUCUAUUGAGAGAUGUGCAAUCCCUGGCCCCUUUGGACUUGUCCUGCUCCCUAAAUGAUUAUGCAAUCAGAGAGGUUUAUGCAAGAGAUACAAGAGGACUUUCUGAGUCUACUGUGUGCACAGCCUCACCAACACAUACAGCAGCAGUGACACCUGGAAAAGAUAAAAAUCAGAAAGAAAAAGAAAACAAGGGCCUCUUCAGCAAAUUUAGGAAAAGCAGGAAAACAUCUGAGCAGGCCACUACAGCUAGCGCCCCUGCUUCUCCGGUGCUCGUAAGCAAGCCUCGACCGCUUAGCAUGGCCUUGCCCAACUCCUGUUCACAUCCGCUAAUGUCGCCGACAUCGCCUGUCGGUGAUGUGCCCAAGAAGAGACGGGCUCCUCAGCCCCCCAUACUUGUGUCUCAGAGCUGCCACGCAGACCUCAGCACUCGCCAGAGGCUCUACUCUGAACCUGCUAUCCCAGUGGACUGUGAGAUUUCUGGUUUCAGUCGCGGCUCCUCAGCAGAAUCUUCACUUAGGAGGACUAAACGCAAGGCUCCUCCCCCACCAAUGUCUCCAGUUGGUGCUGGACCAGAAACUGUUCCUCCUCAAGAGAAUCUGCAAGACCCUGUAGGCGUUAAAACACUGGAAGAAAUCACUGAGGAGACAUCAGCAGCUGCAAAAGAGGUCCAUCAGCAAGACUCUGACAAGGGCAGUGGGGAAGAUCAGUCUCGUGAUCUAUCCUCAGAUGGCAACCAGCCACAGAGCACUACGGAUGAUUCAGCAUUUCAGAUCGAUGAAAGAAUCCCGACUGACCCAUCUCAAGCGGCGGAAAGUGUCUCACAAGUUGAAAGUGAACCCAGUCAGUCCAUUUGUGACGAACCUGUGCAUGAGAGUAUAAAAUUUGACCGCGGGGAUGUAACAAGUGACCUCCAGCUAGUUGCAGAAGACUCCCAGGUUGCUUCGGUUGAGGAAAACGCCCCCGCCCCCCAGGAGCAGUUGGUCAGCUCGCAGAGGUCAGAAAUUAUUGGCACGUCCUGCCCCGCUGGAGAGGACGCUCAGGUGCAAACAGAUUUAACAGCUUCCCCGGAGCCACUACCAGAACAUCAAGAACAGACAGAGCAAGUUGUGCCCUCUCCCUUGGAGUCUGGUUUGGAAUCAGCGAACAAUGUAAAGAAGGACAUAGCCACUGCAACAGAUGAGCCGCUAUCAGUGGACUUCAAAUCUAGCCAAACAUUAGACACGCCCCCGUGCCAAACGUCGACACCAAUUGUUGCCCCGAAAGUUGCGUCGAGCUCCACCUCGCAGCCCGAGCCAAAGCCGAAGCCCUCCAACGAGUUAACCAGGGACUACAUCCCUAAGAUAGGGAUGACUACGUACACUAUCGUGCCUCCAAAAUCAAGUGAGAAGCUGAGGUAUUUUGAAGUCGCACUGACACUGGAGACGCCCCCCGUUGCAGCAGAAGAUACACCCAGGGAAGAAAUACUGAGCACAACUAAUACUACUACUACCACUGCAGCAAACACUGUCAAUGGAUGCCAAGCUGAAGCCACUCACGCCUCAUCGCCAAGCAGCUCUACUAAAGCUGCUGACAGGUUCUUCUCCUCUCAAGCAGUUGCACCAGGAGAGGUUAAGGAGACUAAAAUUCCACCUGCAAUUAGACCAAAACCAGGAUCCUUCCGCUUGUCAAAGCACAAAAAGACGCCUGGGUAUUAUGUGACUUCAGCUGCAGAAAAAAGUCCUGUCGCCAAUACCCCUUCUGGCCACAAGGUCGACCAGGUAGACCGAGAGAUGUUACCACCCCCACCUCCUACUCCUCCAAUGCAGGGCAACAUUGAAGCCACUGAAGUUAGCCCAAGCCCUAAAAAGGACUAUAUACAAGACACACGUAUGACUAGGCAGAGCAGUAAGACAGCCAAAGAGCCAAGCUUCGGGUUAAGCUUAGAGAAGCUGAGGAGCUUUGCGGCCCCCAGGCCUUAUUCCCCUUCCACACCAUCUCGGUUCGCCCAAGCGGUGUCCUCGGCCGUCAAGAGGAGCCGAUCGCUGCCCCACAGCCCCAAAUCACCCAGCUCUCCGGUGACACCCUGUUCUCCAUCUGCAAAUCGCUUUUCAGCCAUUGAGCAAAACACAGUAUUGAAGUUCAAGGUUAAUGAGAAUGUUGAGGUGGCGAAUGGCAAAAGUUCUCCACCAGAUGACAAAGAACAGCCAGUUGUACCGAGUGAGCUUGUGCAGAUGGAUGGGAGGAGAGAGUCAACCAUAUAG